UUGAACUUUGAGCAAAUUAUUAAAUUACAUUAUAUUUGGAUACCGAAAGCAGGCAACGUCGCUAUUCUGACUCCCUCUUGGAUCGUACUAAGUCGGCUACGCCACCUGCCGGGGGCACUUCUCGCGCUUUAUGGGAACUUAAAAGUGGUUACUCCACUCCUCAAUCCGAUUAUAAUCACUUUUUCUCUUUAAUUUCGCUCAAUUACACAAAUAAAAUCGCAAUUCUCUCUCUUUCCAUUCCCCAAAACGCGGAGUAGAAUGCUCUCUCACGAAAGCGAUGGUUCUGAUUAGGGAUUGCUCGGUUGUAGAAGCAGUUUUGGAUUGAAUCGUUAACGGAAUUGAAUUAUUUGACGGUUACAUUUUAGGUUAACGAUGUCGUCAUCUCAACAAGUUGUUAAGCGUGCUAAAUACAAAACCACUGUGAAAGAUCCUGGUACACCUGGCGUCCUCAAAUUGACUCAAGAAAAGCUUGUUUUCAAGCCUAAUGAUCCGACAUCAAACAACAGAGUCGAAGUUGAUUUCAGAUUGAUUAAAAAUCAUAAACACACCAAAGAGGGAUCAAACAAACCACCGUGGCUUAACCUUGGACAUUCUCAGGGAAGUUACAUCUUUGAGUUAGAGAACUUUUCAGAUCUUCAUGUUUGCCGGGAAUUAGUCGGUAUCGCCCUUAGCAAGCAUGUAGAACCUCCGAAAGUUGUUUCUGAUGAACAGCUUAGCCCUGCUGAAAUGACACUUAGGAUUAAGCUAUUGCAAGAAGAUAGUAAACUGCAGAAGCUUCAUAAGGACCUUGUGGCUAGUGGUAAGCUUACAGAGUCAGAAUUUUGGGCUACAAAGAAGAAAUUGCUUGACCAAGAUGAAAGCAGAAAGUUAAAACAAAGGAUUGGAUUUAAAAAUUCUUUGAUCUUUGACACAAAGCCUACUAGUGAUGGUCGGAUAAACCAGGUUAAAUUUCAGUUGACACCGGAGAUAAAAUAUCAGAUUUUUGCCCUCAAACCAGCAGUUCACCAGGCAUUCCUCAAUUUUGUUCCCAGUAAGAUGAGUGAGGUAGAUUUCUGGAACAAAUACUUCAAAGCUGAAUAUAUCCACAGUACCAAAAACACUAUUGCGGCAGCUGCCGAGGCUGCUGAAGAUGAGGAUCUUGCUGUUUUUUUGAAAGAUGACGAGAUAUUAGAAAAUGAAGCUCGAAAGAAGGUUCGACGGGUGGAUCCAACUUUGGACAUGGAAGCAGACCAAGGAGAUGAUUACACUCAUCUUCCUGAUCAUGGGAUCUUCCGGGAUGGUAGCAAGGAAACAGCCGAAGCUCAAAAUACUUUCUAUCGGAGAACUUUGUUGCAAGAUCUUAACAGACAAAGUGAAGUUGUUCUCGAAGGAAAAACUUUAGAUAUGGAUAUGGAACAUCCAAGAACAGUGGCAGAAGUGCUUGCUCGGAGAAAACAGGAAUCUGAUGGGGUUAUAGAGGAGGAGAGACGAAACAGAAUUUCUAAGAUGACCCAGAUUGAGGAUCUUCAGGCACAAGAUGAUCAUCGUUUUGCACCACUCUGUAUCAAGGAUCCUCGCGACUAUUUUGAUUCUCAACAAGUUAAUGCACUAAAAUCUUUGGAUGAUUCCCUUGCUGGAAAGGAGCAAAUAAGAUGCAAUUUGGGUUCUGAGGAAGCCUAUGGAUCUUUGAGAGAGUCCAUAUCGAAGAUCAAAGCUAUCGGAUUAAUGGAUCCUCUAUUGAGUCCUGAGGUUGCUUUUAAGGUCCUUAACGGAUUGACCAAAAAUAUCUCAAGCACCAAAUCACAUCUCGGGAAAAGUUCUCAGGAGAGUGUCCUUGAUAUACUUCCCAAUACAACUAAGGAGAAACUACUAGAUCAUUGGGUUUGCAGUCAGGAAUUGCUGAGGCACUUUUGGUCUUCCUAUCCAGUAACAACACAAAACCUUGUUAAUAAGACCAAAAGAAUGAAAGAUGCCAUAUCACAAAUAUAUUCUAAACUUGAGGAAAUAAAGGUAUCUGCAAAGUCAGACCUGCGGCACCAGGUUUCCCUUGUUGUCCAUCCAAUGCAGCAGGCUCUGGAUGCUGCCUUGUUACAUUACGAUGCUGACGUUAGGAAAAGAAAUGCAAGAGGGACAAAGCCUAAUGGUUAUGUUUAGGAGAAUGGUAUAUCUCCGCGCUGCGCACUUCCAGCAUCACGCCAUAACAAUUUAUGAAUGUAUAUUCCAUCAAUUUUGCCGUGACCUCAAAACCGUAUUUACUCAAUAGUUAGCUUCGUAGAAAGUAUUUCGUGUUUAUUAGUCCCUAGGCAGUAUAAAUGAAGUAUGGACAAAAAUCUGAGAGCUCAAAAAUUUCUGCCUCGGCUCCCCCUGCUUCCCUGUCUUAUUAUUACCUUAUUACAGCUUGUCUUGAAGGGAAACAUCAAAAGAUAAUUGAGUACUAAUAUGGUUUAAUAUGAUUGUUUUGUGGAUCUUCAAGAUGCAAAUGGUUUUACUAUGUGCGUAGCACCUGUUUAUAA